UUGAGAAACACAUCAAUACAGUCGACCUGAACAUUUUUGAAACUCUUUUAAAUUGAUAUAUUAUUCAUAAGACCAAAUUAAUCAAGCCUAGCUGUGAUUCCUGGCCAUAAUGAUCAGACAGAGUGAGACUGGUUCCUUUGUGCCCAUGCCCAUUAAGAACUUAGUCGAGGAGUGUCGAAGGCUCAAGGAUAUAAGUUCGUUAAGCAUUACGGAGACCGAAAUAAUGGGAUCAUUAGCCCCCUUAGAACCGUAUUGCAAACAUCUUUCGCAACUGACUGUCCAAGUGAAGGAGGACCUCGACCUCGGCGAGUACGAGGCAGUGAGCGGGUGGCCCAGUCUAAAAACAUUCACCAUGCUAGGACAGCACAGGCCGGGCAGUUUGGAGCCAUUCUUGAAGAAAGCAGCUAGGAAUGGCUUCCUGUCGCACCUGCACCUCGACAUCGCCGAGCUUAAUGUGGACGAGGUGGCUGCACUGACUUCGAACCACGCCUUGAAGUCACUAAAGUGCGGCUUCAGCGACCACCAGUCCAUAAGACUCCUGUCCAAAAUGGGCAGUCUGAACACGGUGAUCAUAACCACCGAGCUGAACACCGAAAUUGCGGGGGAAGUGACUAAGAUCUUCAAGUAUGCCAAGAGAGAUAUGAUCGUGCAGUUGGAACAGAAGGGAUUUCAGUUUCGCAUGGAGCGGCAGGCCCAACGAUUCGUUGUCUACCUGCCCCAACACCAUCCCAUCGAUAUGACCGUGCUGGCCCCGCUUUCGGAACUCCAUGAGAUAAAAUACCUCACCAUACGAGGACCCCAUCAGAGUGGCUCGCUGGCGGAUCUUUUUCGAGCUUUCGGUGCCCAUGAAUCUUCCGAAUUGCAGGAGGUUGUGAUAUACAGCAGCUCUUUUCUGACCGGGCAGGAAACCGCCGCCGUUGCCACGAUUAAAUCCUUGAAAGUGCUGGAGUGCGGUUUCACGAAGCCACUGAACGCCGAACAGCUCUCGAAUCCCACCGCUCUGCGGGAACUCUGCAUUGUCAACCUGCCGAAGGACUCCAUGAAGGGCCUCUUUGCAGCCCUGGCCUCCAAGAAGGAACCCACUCUGCAGUACUUUAUUCUUACUGAUGGCAUGCUGCACUGCGAGGAAACAGAGGAACUGGCGAAAAUAAAGUCCCUCAAGUAUGUGGUAUGCAGGUUUCAGGAUGUUGGGGCCCUCGAGCGGAUCGGAGAGCUUCCCCAGCUGGAACAUGCCUACAUCACUGUGAGACAGAGCAACUACCAGCCCUGCGAGGUGUCGCAGUCUCUUCUACGGUUUCUAGUACACUGCCAAAGGGAGGGUCAGGCCAAGUUCCGAGGCUGCUGUGUGUCAUACAACCAGCUCGAAGGGGUUAUCAUCUUGGUCUUCAGAAACAAGGAGUCCGACGCUGCAUUGUGCGCUCUGCUGGGAUGUCUGGGUAAUAUCAAACACCUCCGGAUAAGCGGCCGUCCUGCCGUUGGAAAUCUGAAAGCCAUCCUAGAAGGCGUAGUUCUGCACAACAAAUUGGAGCUUCUGCAGAUAUCCAAGCUCCAGGCCAACGAGAUACCCUUCGUGGCCCAGAUGGAUUCCCUUACGAAAAUAACAGUGGGAUUUCUCCAACCAUCGAAAGUGGAGCUGCUUGCCCGCUUGCCCCACCUGAAGUGGCUGUGCAUCACUGUGCACCUGCCGGGAUCGCUGGAAUGCCUCUUCUACGACUUAGCGGAACGGGUGCCGACCUCCAAACUCGAAACCCUGACUGUGCUGGAGGUUUACCUGGAGCCCGAAGAGCUGGCAGAAGUGUCCAGAAUCCGCUCCCUGCGGCGCUUGAGGUGUGGACUCGUGGACCCCUCCAAUGAGUGGUCCCUAACGGAGCUGAGUGUCCACUCGCUGCUGGAGGAGUUGCACAUUCAUUCGUAUCAAAGUGGUUCCCUGCUGGAGUUACUCAGGGCCCUCAAGCCCAUGAGUUACUUUCAUCGCCUGAUCGUUCGGGGAAGCCGUUUGACCACCAAGGAAGUGAAGGCCGUCAAGGGGAUACGCACGCUCAAGACCCUUCAGUGCAGCCUCGAUAACGCCAGGGAUAUAGGAAUCCUGGAACGUCUGCCACUGCUGGAGGAGCUGGUCAUCGAAUCCAUUCGCAUAAUCCAUCGGAACCCGCUGGCUCUGUUGGCAAACAAGGAACGACAAACUCUCCAGAAGCUGGUCAUCAAGAACAGAUCCUUGGGAUCAUACGAUUUUAAGAGCUUGGCUCUGAUGUCCAGUCUGAAAUCCCUCGACAUCAUUAUUCACAAUGCAUGUGAUAUCGAGUGCCUGGCCCUCCUGAAUUUGACCGAAUUAACCCUCAACUGCCCUCAAGAAAUCACCAUCACUCCUCUCCUCGCCGCUUUGAGCGACAAGGAUCCGCAUGUGCUGCGCUCCUUUGAUCUUAUUAACAAGCUUUUGCCAGCGAAGCCCACUAAACUGCUUAUGAAAGUUACAUCUUUGAGGAACUUGAAAAUUGGGUUCGGCGAUCUCGAGGGCCUUGAUCUGCUUCCCCAGCAAACUGAGCUUGAAGUGCUGGAAAUUAAAAAUAAAACUUUCAGAGUCACGCAAAUCAUGGAGAUCCUAAAGAACUGCCGAAGGCUUCGUGAAUUCCAUUUUCUAGAACGUAAUGAAAAAAUAAACACUGAAUUCAUAGGGCAUUGCAUGGACAUUCUGAAAACUGUUCGAAAUCCCCGUGAUCAGGCACCUUUGCAGAUGUAUUUUCACAGCCUGCAUUGCCUUUCAUUUGAACAGCAAUAUAGUGUUGAUGAAUCCAUCUUGGUCAUCAAUGUUAAGACGCGUCCACCCAUUGAUGAUUUCAACGACGAAAUUUUCUAUGAGCCACCAGAAGACACUUCCGAUGGCGAGGAGCCCACGCGUUUUGUUCGGAACCCGGUAAAAGUGCCAGAAGAGUCCGAAAGCACAGAUACGACUGAUUUUGGAGGUUGAUUACUUUUACACAAUACGUAGACAUAUAUUUAAUAACGGAUACAAUAGGUGUGAAGUUCUCACAUAACAAUCAUUUGAUUCGUAUAUUUACUUAAAAAGUAAAUUUAUCAAGCCAAAAAAGCCAAUUAUAAUUUUGUGACCAGAAAUUAAAGCAUAUAAGGAAAAUGAAGCUUAUCAAAGAGCUCGAUAAACAAUACGUCCAAAUAGCAAGCCAUUUUAGCAUGCUUGAGAACAACAAUAGAUAACUUUGUUAUAAAAUAUUUUGUGUUUGAAUAACCUCCACGGAAUGAGCUGUAAUUAUUUUGUUAUAUAGUAUUAUUUAAUAGGGGAAUAUAGUAUGCAGUCGUUAUUAGUGAUUUUUCUUCGAUGCAUCAUCAUAGCUGGGUGGCAAGUU